CCCAAAGACAAAGUCUGGAGCUGUUGCCCAAAGGAUUGGAAGCCAUUUAGUUCCCACUGCUACUUCACUUCGAAUGACUCAGCAUCUUGGAGAGAGAGUGAGGAGAAGUGCUCCAGCAUGGGUGCUCAUCUGAUGGUGAUCCACAGCCAGGAAGAGCAGGAUUUCAUCACCAAGAUCCUGGAUUCUCAAGCUGCUUAUUAUAUCGGGCUUUCGGAUCCAGGUCACCGACAGUGGCGAUGGAUUGAUCAGACACCAUACAAUGAAAGUGCCAUGUUCUGGCACCCGGGUGAGCCCAACUGUGGUGAUGAACAAUGUGUCACAAUAAAUUAUCGGAGUAGGGGUUGGGGCUGGAAUGACGUCCCUUGCAGUGGUCAACAGAAGUCAGUUUGCCAGAUGAAGAAAAUAUGGUUAUGAAUCAAGCAUUCUCCAUGGACAUGGAUUGAAUUUUUAUCCAGCAUUACACAGACACCUGGAAAGACCUUCUUGUGGAAGAGAUGACCAUAAAAAUUUAGGUAGGCAGCCAAUAGUUAUCCAUAUGAUAAUGCAGGUCCACAUACAUACUUAUUCAUUCAUUCUAUACCCUUUAUAUAAUGAGAAUUACCCAUAUACCAGAGACUCCACAGAAUCCCUUUGUGCAUAUGUAGUAGCACACCAGCUUCUCUGUCCAUCCUUAGAUUCCUAACACCUUAUUCGAUGAUAGAAUUGUAUGGUGUGGUCCUUCUAGCCAUUUUUCUCUUUCUUUGUUCCUCUGUCUUUGGAUUUAUUCGUGUGUAAUUGACAAAUAAAUUAUAUUUUCACGUUA